CCUGAACAACAAUUUACGAAACAGUUUUUUUGACUUACUGAAAACACUAAGAGAGGUCAAAGCGCCAUUGGCCCAUUUUUAUGGUAAAACACAAUUUCCCAAACACCCCUGUUGAGGUUUAUUCCUUCAACCCUCGGGUCCAACACGUAAGCCCAAGGAUUUCGAGUGGAGUGUGUGUGAAUAUUUAGCCCAACAAGCAGAUGAUAUGGAUCAAAUAGAACAAUAAGUAGCAAGUAGUGAUUAGGUAUUAUUAUCUCUUAAUAACUCCCUAAUACAAUACUUUUUGCUAAGGCUCCGUCGGCCGUUCGUCUUACAAGGCAGUAGAAAUGCUGCGAGUAAGAAUGCUAUAGCUAAAGUGCUAAGAAUAGAAAGUUGCCAACCCUUUACAAUGAAAUAAAUGCUUCUAUUUAUACCCACCAAUGGGCAGGUGGCUACACUGACGUGGAAGCCUGUGGUCCGCUGGUGCCUCAACCACCAAAUCUUCAGCAUUAAAUGCGCUUCCCGCCAGAAUCUAGGCUUCCAGCCUAAUUAGUGGGGACGUUCGUCCGCCCGGGGAGCAAGCUGGAUCGCUCUAGGUGGCCUCCAAGGGGUAUCAGCUGUUCGUCCCUUGGCCCUUGGUGGAUUCUCGCCAUGUGGACUGGACUGCCUCCGAUGGCUAUGGGCUUGCUCUGACGACGUUCGUCGUCAUUCUGGUGACCCGUGGUCCUACUCCUUGUCCCCGCAUAGACGCUCGUCGAGAUGGGCCGUUGAACCUGAGUCCCAACUGCAGACGUUCGUCUCCCCUGGGGGUUGUGGGCUUGUCCGGCUAGCUGUGUGCUCUCUGGACGUGCGUCCGGAAGAAAGGGUAAAUGGGCCGAACCUCAACUUGGGCCAUUAACCCAACACAAGUCCCCCACUUCUGAUGUUCUGAGCAUGCACAGGACAUAAGGAAGUAUAAUCUCCCUUGAUGGUAAGACGCCCGUGAACUGGUACUUGUGUUUAUUGCAUCCAUUUGAAAGCGUACGUUCGUGGUCUCUUACUUCAUUACUUUUCUUUUCUUUAUCGUCUGUUGUGUGGAAUCUCCUUCGGCGUCUCGCUAUACUUUUGACGUAAAGUUAGUCUGCGGGGACGUUCAUAUCUGUCCCUCAUUUUGUUUAGGGCAACGGGCAUCCCCUUGCCAUGUCCCCGCACGUACUCGAAUGUGCGGACGUAUCGCGAGAGUUCGUCUACGGGCGCCGAUGCUUGCUUGCCGCUUGGCAACAGUAUUCUGACAGCGACGUCCAUCUUACAAGUGCGAGCAUAUCACCGACCGCUGUCUGUGGUCAAUUCUAAUGCCGUAAGACGACGUUCGUCGGUGGUUGCCCCCCUGGUCAGUAGCAAAUCUCUUAAAUAUGGAGAUAUGAACGUACUUCCCAGGGCCAGCACUUGAUUGAGACGUUCGUCUGUCAUAUGUGUAAACGCAAAUAUCCAUGCUGUGCGUGCUCUACCCAAGCUUCGUAGGGAGACGCUCGUCUGGUCUAAAUGUUCCCGUGGUGCGAAGUAUGGAAAGACGGACGUAGCCCGUUGACGCGUAUGCCUCCCAUUAGCUGCCUAUAUUAGGCGUAGCCGAUGGUCGCGAUCUCUGGGCGUCUCUAGAUCCUUCGGAGCUGUUAACCCCCCUGGCGGGACGUUCGUGGCAUCGAUCCGGGUCCCCUUGCCGUGGUUAUGUGGCGACGAAAUCGAGGCAUCUUAAAUACCGUGGUGGGUACCGGUAGCUGGGUGCCACGUGUUCCACUUCGGUUGGUGGGAUCCCACGGUGCUGUCUAUAAGUACCCAGAAACCAUGUGAUUCAUUCACACUUCUCCUUACGCUGCGCGAUUGCUUCCUCUCUCUAGAUUUCCUUCAAGCCGUGUCGAAUCUCGCACUUCCAAGGUACCGUUCGUUGUCAUGUCUUCUGAAACCCGCUUCGACGAUGGCUGUUCUUCUGGCGAUGACUUAGAAUACUAUGAGCGGGGAAUGCCGCCUCGGCCUCCCCGUUACAGCCUUAGCUUCUCGUGCGUCCGGCGUCAAAACCAACGCCUGACGAAUGCUGACAAGCGUCUGAUCGGCCAGUGGUUUUAUCCCCCAAGGACCUACGAUGAUCGGCGCCUGCGCAACCCCAUGCGCCAUCUGCCCGGCUAUGUGGUGGUCCACCUGGACUCGGUGAUAGCCGGGCUGAACUUCCCCUUGCACAGCUUCCACUUGGAGCUCUUCAGAAACCUUGAGAUAGCGCCUGCGCAGUUCGUCCCUGCCGCCUAUAGGAUUAUUGCCGGCUUCAUCAUUAGAUGCCAUAGCGUCGGUGUGACCCCCACCGUGGACCUGCUACACCACUUCUUCCGGUUGUCCCCCUUCGGACGUACGGGGUACUUGACCCUGAUCGCGCGUCCGUCCAUGGUCCUGUUUUCGAACAAUGCCGGGAAUCCGGACGGCUGGGAAGAACGCUUCUUUCUGGCCGGAGUAGGCUCCCCGAUGCCAUUCUCUGACCGGUGGAAUGCCUAUCCGGUGAAGACGAUUCCGCCGCCCAUGACGGACGAGGAGCUCGGGUAUGCCAGGCGCAUAGCUGGACUCAGCAUCCAGAACCUCCGGUUGCUGGUGGCCGAGCCCUUUAAAGCUCGGGCUGGGUUAGGUGCGUCCGUUUGUACUUGUAUUGUUUUAUCAUCUCUUCGCUGUUAUGGCUCUGAACGUCUUGGUUCUUUUUGUGCAGGAGUUUUCCCAUCUUCGGCCACCAUGGGUCGUACCAACAACACUUCGACUGCCGCUGGCCGUGAGCACAAGGGUCACGACAAGCUCGAGAAGCCGCUCGUCCCCCAAGGUCGAACCUCGGGUGACCAGGGCACGGGCCGAUGACACUUCGGGGGCCGGCGCUUCCAAGAGGCCACGUGUCGAGGGUACUGCUUCCAAGGCCAUCAUAGUGGCCGAUGACUCUGAUGGUGAGCCCCGGGAGUCCCCUCAAGCGGAAACCCAUUCCCCGGAAUAAGUCCCACGUUUCUCCUCCGCGGAAUUCUGACGUUCGCCGCCUCCGAGAUGAGGAUGUCUCUGACGACGGUCGUCCUUUUGUGCCCUCAGAAACCAAUGGGUCCUCCCUUGGUCUGAUUGAAUUUUCCGGGGUUGGUCCCCGCAAGGAGUCGAUGAUGCUCUUUGGCCAGACAGCAUCCUCUAUCUGGUGUGGCCUGAAUCUCAAAGUUCCUCAGGACUUCGCCGCUCAGGAAGCCCCUGAAGAUCUUUUGGAGUGUGGUCAGAGCACUCUGGAUAAGGCCUGGCUCUAUUUCCACAGGGCUCGGAUGGCUUUUGAGCAUCAGGGUAGGGAGAUGGCCAGAGUACGGGCUGAAUGUGAUGCCCUUCUGAGGAAUGCAAAAGGCAGGGCUGGAACUCUUUAAGAGAAAGCCGACGCCUAUGACAAGCUUGUCCAGGAGAAUGCUUCCCACAAAGAGCUCCUCAAGAAACAGGAGGCCGAGCUUGUGGACCUUCGCAGCCGGAUGUGGGCCGUAGAGCAGGCCAAGGUGGAACUCCGCCGCACGGGCGUGGACAAUCAUGUCCCCAUCUACGAGGCCGAUGUUGCCAAGAUUAAGGAGUCUGGUUCCAUAGAGUUCCAGAAAUCCAAGGCUUAUACUGGCGCCAUUCAUACUAUGGCCAUGAAGUUCCUCCCGAGGCUCGUCGGUGAGUUUUUGGCCACCUGCCCGGAUGCCUAUCUGGAUGGGGUUAAGUUGCUCCAAGCCACCCCCACCGGACGGCGUUUCCUUGAUGAUCUCGCCGAUGAUACCUACCGUAAGGGCAUGGUUGGGCUAGUAGCAGAGAAUCUCCCGACGUUUCGAGCGUCACUUCGGGGCUCCUUUCGACCCGGAAGCGGCUGGCUUUGAUCUGCUGAUGGUGGACGCUCAUGCGGGGGCACUUGAGCUGCUGAAGGAGCUUGGGGAGCAGGAGGCGGCCAAAGCCAGGGAAAAGGCCAAGCAGACUCUUUUCAAGGCUCCAACUCCGGACGUCGAUCAACAGUGAUUCUCCGUUCAUUGUCUUGUACGUGUACCAAUUUUUUCAUUAUUUACAUUGUACCUUACACAUUGUAACUUUCCGGUCAUCAGUACCGAAGAAUAAAAAUCAUUGUUUGCUCCAUGUUCGUCUAGCAUAUCUUGCCUCUUUUUUUUUUUUUGGAGUCUUUUAUCAGUCUUUGUUCUUCCCAUGCUUCGUGAUUACUUGUCUCCUGGUUUCGCAGGAGACGUUCGUCAUCCCCACUCUGAGAAGAAGCAGGUUUAUCCACGUCGGGAUUCCCUAUCUCUGUCCGUCCCCAGUCGUGAGUUACUAGUCUUCUGGCUUCGCAGAAGACGUUCGUCAUUCGUCCAACAAGAGGGAGGAACUAGGCUUCGUUCGUCCUUGUCGGGACCCUACUAACCUUCUUACUUCGAAGAAGACGUUCGGUAUUCACCGAUCGCAAGGAGGUCACUGGUAUACCCUAUCGCGGGUUCCCUGCUUCGUCGUCCCAUGCUCGUGGCCCUACUAACCUUCUGCUCUGGUAGAAGGUGUUCGUCGAUCCACGGGAAAUGGGAGGAACUGGUUUAUCUUGCCGAGGUUCCCUUUGGUACGUCUAGCCCCCCCCCCCCCCCCCCCCCCCCACGUUCCUACUAACCUCCGCGUCGGGAGACGUUCGUCAUACGCGGUGAAAGAAGAUCUGGCAUACCUCGUCAAGACUCCCUCUCUCAUAGGAGUUGUAUCACCCCUUCUCCUCUUUUUUUUUUUUUUUUUUUUUGAGGAGGAAAUCAUUUCAAUAGCACUUCGGCUUUCAAUAGCACUUCGGCUUUCAAUGGCACUUCAGCUUUUAAUAGCACUUCGGCUUUUAAUCUCUCUGUAGGGGGCGAAAUACAGGAAGGAAUCCUUUUAUUGUAGAAAGGACGAUUGGUAGUGUUACAUGGUGCUUCGACCAAUUAUGACAAAAAACGAUCUAUCUCUAACUAUUGGUAGAAUUUCUUCAAGUGUUCGACGUUCCAGAUUCCAGCGUGGUUCCCCUCCAAGGUAUGGAGGAGGAACGUCCCCUGGUUAUAUCUUCUCAUGACCCUGUACGGCCCUUCCCAAUUUUUGGCCAUCUUGCCAUCCUCGAGCGGUCUGCUCUUUUCUCUCUUUCUGAGUACAAGGUCCCUAGCUUCAAUUUCGCGGAUCUUCACCGCCUUGUUGAAAUAUCUUUGGGUGGCUCGGUGAUAUUCCUCCAUGCGGCGAUCUGCUAGGUCCCUUCGUUCCUCGAUGAAAUGGAGCUCCGCUCGUAGGUUGGCCUCGUUGUCCUCCGGCUGGAAAUGCUUUGUGCGAUGUGUGGGCACUAGCACCUCCGUUGGCACCUUGGCCUGGAAUCCGUAUGUUAAUGCAAAAGGUGUCUCGCCGGUCGCCGUCCUUGGGGUCGUCCUGUACGUCCAGAGUACGUAAUUGAGAUGCUCUGGCCAGGUGGACGCGUAAUCUUCUAAUUUCUUUUUUAUCCCAUCCAUGAUGGUCCGAUUCAUGUUCUCCACCUGGCCGUUGGCCUGCGGGUAGGCCACCGAGGCCUUAGAGUGCCUGAUGCCCCACUUCGCCAAGUAUGCCUCAAAUCCUCUGCCGACGAACUGCCGGCCGUUGUCGGUGACGACCUGCUCCGGAAUCCCGAAGCGGCAUAUGACAUUCUGCCAGAGGAACCUCUGGCAUUGAUACUCGGUGAUGGAGGCAAGCGGCUCGGCUUCUACCCACUUUGUGAAGUAGUCAAUCGCCACAAUGACAAACUUACUUCCGACAGUCGUCGUCAGGAGAGGGCCCAACAGGUCCAUGCCCCACCUAGCGAAAGGUAAUGCAACCGUCAUCGGAGUGUAGAAACUUGCAGGCCGUCCAGGGACAGGAGCAUACUGCUGGCACACUGCACAUUUCCGAGUGUGAUUGAAACAAUCCUGCUGGAUGGUCGGCCAGUAGUACCCCUGCAAGAUGAUUUUCCGGGCCAAAGUACGAGGACCCUGGUGGCUGGAGCAGAUGCCUUCAUGUAUCUCUUCAAUAACGGCCGCUGCUAAGCUCGGCGGGAGGCAUCUCAAGUAUGGCCCGCCGAACGUCUUCUUAUAGAGUUGUCCAUCAAUGAGCUCGAAAUUGGGGGCACGUCUUUUCACUCAGGCUGCCCUUCCGGUGCUGCCAUCAUCUUCUGGCUCGGGGAGCGUCCCAUCCCUGAGGUAGUCGGCGAUUUCCUUCGACCAAUUAGGUUCGGCGAUGGAGAUGGCCUCCACUUGGAUGACGUCCGUCGCCGGUGCCGGGAGUGUCUCUUGCCUGACGAAGCCCCUAAUGUGUCGGGGGAUGCUCGUCGCGGGGUCGUCGGUCGGGGGAUUGCCUAGCUUGGAUAAUAUGUCAGCCUCGGCGUUCUCCACCCGCGAUACCUGCUCGAUUACCACCUGUUCGAACUGCGCGGUUUGUUCCUCCGCGAGUUCCUUGUAAACCUUCAUUCUCUCUUCCCUGGUUUCGGUCGUCCCGUUCAUCUGGGUAACCACCAGCUGGCUGUCCAUCCUCACCUUCAGACGAGCUGCUCCGAGUGCUUUUGCGCACUUCAGCCCUGCAAUCAGCGCCUCGUACUCAGCCUCGUUGUUGGUGACUUUGAACUCGAAUUUCAUGGAGUAAUAGGCCUUGAAACCCUCCGGUGAAGUGAUCACUGCUCCUCCGCCACAACCUUUCGCACUCGAGGCCCCAUCGGUGUACAUCUCCCACCAGUUGUUGAAAUCUUCGUUGCCUUGGGGAUCAUCCUCGGUGCGCGCAGUACAUUCGGCAAUGAAAUCUGCCAGUGCCUGCCCUUGGAUCGUCGGCCUCGGUUUGAACUCUAUGUUGUAUGAUAAGUCCGUAUUUAGACACGCAUUUGAUGCGUGUUGGGAUCGGCUUUUGAUGGUUUUCCUAGCUUUAAGGUGUUACAAGUCUCAAUUUUAGCUCAAGUUAUGUUUAACAGGCGUUGGUUCGAGUUUUGUGUCAUUUGGAGUCAAAAUCAGGAUUUUAGAGUUCAACAUAGGCACUUGAGGAGCAAUCGGGAUGAUUCGAGAUGCAUUUGAGUGUUGAUUUGAUAGCUUUGGAGGUCACCGGAAGAUUCACGAUGAAGAUUUGAAGGAAAAAAAGCUUUAUGAUUGGCUUAGGGAUCAAAAGAAGAUGAAUGAAGCUUGAAAACGACGAUCAGAAUGACCUUAUGUCAAUCGUUCAAGCUUAUCUCUUUGUAGGAACAACCAAUGGACACGAUUCAAGUUGCAUAGGAAAGCCAACUUCAAGGGAUACAAAUCAUAUGAAGACACCUUUGCGAGAAUCUGAGGGGAAGAAGGUGAAAACAGACGAUGAAGUCAGAUGAUCUCUGCUGCGAUUUCAGAAAGACACCUUCCACCGUUUUGAUCAUAUCUCUUGAUUGGAUGAUUCAAAUCACAUUCAGCAAAUUGGGGUGGAUAGAGGACUUCAUUAUCUACCACUUUCAUGAAGAAAGUUUUGUCAAAUUCGGAAGUUUUACGCACGCCGUGCGUAGGGGAACGCACGACCGUGCGUCUGAGGCGAGAAAAGCAAGGAAGACACUGCCAGCUACGCACGGCCGUGCGUAGGGGGGACGCACGCAGUGUGUAGCUCCGGGUUACGCGAAAUUGAAUCCCAAAAUCGGCCAGAAUUCAUAUUUUUCCCCCUUUUUCUAUAAAUAAGGCCUCCCUAACCCUUUUUAAGCGUUACGAACAUUACGGAGAGGCCUAGGGACGAAUUUAACAACGUUUUUAUGCUAUUUUCUUCCAAGAUCCUGGGAUUAUUUGUAAGUUCAUCUUUUUAAUUAAUGACAAUUUAUUCUAUUCAUCUCAAUUCUGUUGAUUCUUCAAUUAUGAAUUGUGAGUAGUUUAAUUAGGGAUUUGAGGUUGAUGAAGGGGUUAAUCAUGAUGUAUGGCUAGAUUCUUGUCGGUUUAAUUGCAUGAAUGCCGUUUAAUUUGUGUUUGAAUAAUUUAAUUGAUAUCUCUUGUAACCUAGACUGCAGCUAGAAUUACAAUUGCAUGUAGAAUGAAUUAAGAGAGAUCUAAUUUGUUCUAGGACACAUUCACACACACUUAAUCGUUUGCUAAGAGAUUAGUAGCGAUUAAGGGGCCGUAAGCUCGUUCGUUUUGGAAAUAAUUUAGGAUCUUGUCGCAUGAGAGAACAGCCUGGACCCCUAAAUUAUUGUACUCUACGCCGCGAGAGCGGUAAGAACUUAGUAAUGAUUAUCUAGGCUCAAUUAAAUUAAAUUCAUGUAAUUAGGCCGGAUCUGCCAGAAAUCAGGUUACCCCGGAAUCAAUCCCUGUUCCCUUCGUCGUUAAUUGAGAAGAAACCAAUCUUUUAUUUUUAUCGCUCAUUAGCAUUAGUUUUAAUUUUAAUUCAACCAACCAAUCUCGCACAUCGCAUUUUAAUUUAUUUAUUUCUGUUUAAUCGCUGAAUUUAGUUAAUCUUUAAUUCCCUUUUGUCCGUCCCUGUGGAGACGAUACUUGUACUUUCAACCACUUUUCUACAACUAUUUUAAGUGCGAGAAAACACACAUCAGUUUUUGGCGCCGUUGCCGGGGACGGUGUCGGUUUUAAGGGUUAAUUAAUUUCAGCGAGAUUUUUUUUUAGUUAAUUUUCUUUUUGUUCUUCGUAGGAUUUUUCUGGGCUAACCUUUCAGGUAUUUUUCCAAGAGGCAUGAGAUGAACCCAUUCAGCCGAAUUCCUGAAGGAAUUCCUUACCCUCAAACCUCCAUGGAAUAUUCACCAUAUACGCCAUACCCUCCUUACACUCCUCUUCUUCAAAAUUACACACCUCAUCAAAAUUACUCUCCUACACCACAAAAUAUUCAGCCUUCUUAUCCGUACACUCCAACCACGCAACCCUUUCAUUCUGAUUUUUACUAUCCUUCAUCACAUUACCCUUGGGUAAGCGUAAGACGAGGCUCCAUUCUUGAAUUUAUGCUUCUAAAUAAAACGCCUGAGGAAAUAUCUGAAUGUUUUAAGAAUAUCAUUUGUUCCUUCUGUGGAGGAGAUCAUCAUGUAUGUCUUUGCCCCAUCAAACCUCUAUAUGACCAUCCUUUCCGGGAAACUGCUUACCCCACUUCUUCCUCCCCAACAUUUACGAACACAAAUGUUUCAGUCACUCCUACGUCUUUGCCGAGCUAUGAGCCACAGGAUGAAGUGGAAGAGAUAAUUUCAGAGAAGCUGUCUGACCUGGAAGAAACACUCAGGCAAGUCAUGCAAGCAACUGAGGUGUGCAUGGCAAUUCAACAGCAAUCAAACACAAGGAUGCAGAACAUGGAGAAUCAAUUGGGGCAGAUUAUAAAGGCUUUAUCUGAGGAGUCCGAGAGACUUCAUCCUGGAGACACAGAAGCCCAACCUGAGGAGACCAAUAGGGAUGAUCAUGUGAGUGAGUCGGACUGCGAAGGGGGGAAUAUGACGGAUGAUACACUUCCUGAUGUUUUUGAAGACCCUGAUGAGAACGCUGUUAACGAAAGUUGGGAUGCCUUCAUGGGGAGUGAUACAGAGUCCAGAGGAGAGGUUGUGAAUGUUCAUGAUAUCUGUGAGGAAGAAGAAGACUUUUCUAUGGUGCAGUUUGAUUACGGUGUUGCUCCUACUCCUUGCUUUGAGACAUCUUUUGAGCUUCCGGUGAUACCUAGAGUAAUCAAAGUUUUGACUCAUGUUUUCUGUCCACCUGAAGAGGAUGAGAGUUUCAUACUUCACUUCUGUGCUGAUGAGGGAUAUGAAGACCAUGUGCUGCAUUCGUGGGCUGACGAAUUUAAAGAUAUGCGCCACCUAAUGACAUUUGUUGAGAGGAAGCUGGAGACGUUGACUAUAAGUGCACCACUACAGUCUUUGCUAUUGGAGAGCCUAUGGGGUAGUAUCGUCGGGCACACGACGUUAAAAAUAGCGCUUCUCGGGAGGCAACCCGAGCUUAAUUCUGCUUUUGUUUUUGCUUUUGCUUUGUUUGUUGUUUGGUUGUUUUGCUUUGUGUUUUUGUUGCAGCUCAGGGUCUUGUGGUAUGGAUGAUGUGCCGAGGAUUACAUUGACUCAGUUUAGUUCUGCACCGACCAGCGCCUUAGGGAAGUUUUUAUGACUCUAAUAAUCGCCUGUUUGUAAUAAUUGACUUGAGUUAAGUUGAGCACGCGUGACCCUUUCCUCUUUACCCCCUUGUGCAUAGUGCAUUUUUGGUCAUCAAGGGCGAUGCCAAAGUUUAAGUGUGGGGGAGUGAAUUGGGCAUUCGGGCAGUAGUUGUUACAUGUGAUAAUUAGAGUUAGCAUGUGCAUGUGUUAGUUGUAUAUUCAUAGGAAAAGUCGUGUCAAAAUUUGUGAAAAUUUUUCUUUAAACUGUGUCUUUGUGAACUGGCUAGCGUUUUGACUAUGCUUUUACAACAUCUUUGAAGUGUUUAGGCUUAAUUUGCUUGCAUGAUAACUUAGUUGUUGAGAGGAUGAAGGCAUUAGUCACCCAUUGAAUUAAUUCAUAAAUCAUCCACCCCACCUGAAAAAAUCCUUUAGGAGAAGCCACUUUGAGCCUGACCGUUUAUUGUUUACCCAAUUAAUUGAACUUCAUAGCCAAAUGGCCUGUGUUUCCUUACCCGUGAAUAUUUCUGACUUAGUCUUGAUGUUUAGGGAACUAGGGGAUUAAUUUGCUAAGUUUAGGGAAUUUGUGUAGGAGUCAUUUUUGGCACUGUUCCUAUGCCCCAAAUGGGGUAAGAGCAGUCACUUUUUAGUAAUUUGAUAUUUUCGAGGAUUGCAUUGUAGGCAUGGAUUCACUUUAAAUUAAUGAACUUUAAUUGUUAUUUUUCCUUGGUGAGGCCGAGAUUAGAAUGGGGUAAUGUCUAGUGAGAAUCCGAAAGGUGAAAAAUUAUUAUAGCUAGACCUCUUACUUUGCGAAAAAGAGAAUGUGAGCCCCUGUCAAAAAGCGUAAGAUGAGACUCGGGUAUCUUUCGAAAGAAACGGCGUUCUCGUGCCAACAUGACAAGGGAAACUAAACUUAAUUAAUGAACUUGGAAGCUAUUUAAAAUUUAGCUUUAGUCCUCCGCGUACUUCAAGUAUACGUCAAAGCACAAAUGUGCCGAGACGGUUUAGCUUAGUUGUACACCAUGUCUACUCUUUGCAUAAGUUUAAAUGAUUUUUCCUAAAUUGUGGCCUACUAAGUUCUUUGUUCCUAAGAAUAGCCCCGAAAUACCUGAAUGCAUCAAGUCUUUGUUAGGAUGUUCCAAACUCUCAAGAAAGGAACUGUUUAUCCUUACCAUUCACCCUUCACCACCAUUUUCACAAGUCCUUCUGAUCGGUAGCUAGUUUAUUUGUGUGUGCUGUCACUACUUUGAGGAUGUUGUGAAUAAUUUUGUCAAAUAUUUUAGCUAGAGUACAAAGAUGUAGUUUAGGGAAGAAUUUUCUUGGUUUAGAUUGUUUGUCCUGUGAAUAUCCCUUUAACUACGUGUGCAUGCUAACUGUUUUAAAUUCCGUGUGGUGAUUAUUGUAAGUCCCGUUGUUUAGUUUGCUUGAGAACAAGCAAAGGCUUAAGUGUGGGGGAAUCUGAUAAGUCCGUAUUUAGACACGCAUUUGAUGCGUGUUGGGAUCGGCUUUUGAUGGUUUUCCUAGCUUUAAGGUGUUACAAGUCUCAAUUUUAGCUCAAGUUAUGUUUAACAGGCGUUGGUUCGAGUUUUGUGUCAUUUGGAGUCAAAAUCAGGAUUUUAGAGUUCAACAUAGGCACUUGAGGAGCAAUCGGGAUGAUUCGAGAUGCAUUUGAGUGUUGAUUUGAUAGCUUUGGAGGUCACCGGAAGAUUCACGAUGAAGAUUUGAAGGAAAAAAAGCUUUAUGAUUGGCUUAGGGAUCAAAAGAAGAUGAAUGAAGCUUGAAAACGACGAUCAGAAUGACCUUAUGUCAAUCGUUCAAGCUUAUCUCUUUGUAGGAACAACCAAUGGACACGAUUCAAGUUGCAUAGGAAAGCCAACUUCAAGGGAUACAAAUCAUAUGAAGACACCUUUGCGAGAAUCUGAGGGGAAGAAGGUGAAAACAGACGAUGAAGUCAGAUGAUCUCUGCUGCGAUUUCAGAAAGACACCUUCCACCGUUUUGAUCAUAUCUCUUGAUUGGAUGAUUCAAAUCACAUUCAGCAAAUUGGGGUGGAUAGAGGACUUCAUUAUCUACCACUUUCAUGAAGAAAGUUUUGUCAAAUUCGGAAGUUUUACGCACGCCGUGCGUAGGGGAACGCACGACCGUGCGUCUGAGGCGAGAAAAGCAAGGAAGACACUGCCAGCUACGCACGGCCGUGCGUAGGGGGGACGCACGCAGUGUGUAGCUCCGGGUUACGCGAAAUUGAAUCCCAAAUCGGCCAGAAUUCAUAUUUUUCCCCCUUUUUCUAUAAAUAAGGCCUCCCUAACCCUUUUUAAGCGUUACGAACAUUACGGAGAGGCCUAGGGACGAAUUUAACAACGUUUUUACGCUAUUUUCUUCCAAGACCCUGGGAUUAUUUGUAAGUUCAUCUUUUUAAUUAAUGACAAUUUAUUCUAUUCAUCUCAAUUCUGUUGAUUCUUCAAUUAUGAAUUGUGAGUAGUUUAAUUAGGGAAUUGAGGUUGAUGAAGGGGUUAAUCAUGAUGUAUGGCUAGAUUCUUGUCGGUUUAAUUGCAUGAAUGCCGUUUAAUUUGUGUUUGAAUAAUUUAAUUGAUAUCUCUUGUAACCUAGACUGCAGCUAGAAUUACAAUUGCAUGUAGAAUGAAUUAAGAGAGAUCUAAUUUGUUCUAGGACACAUUCACACACACUUAAUCGUUCGCUAAGAGAUUAGUAGCGAUUAAGGGGCCGUAAGCUCGUUCGUUUUGGAAAUAAUUUAGGAUCUUGUCGCAUGAGAGAUCAGCCUGGACCCCUAAAUUAUUGUACUCUACGCCGCGAGAGCGGUAAGAACUUAGUAAUGAUUAUCUAGGCUCAAUUAAAUUAAAUUCAUGUAAUUAGGCCGGAUCUGCCAGAAAUCAGGUUACCCCGGAAUCAAUCCCUGUUCCCUUCGUCGUUAAUUGAGAAGAAACCAAUCUUUUAUUUUUAUCGCUCAUUAGCAUUAGUUUUAAUUUUAAUUCAACCAACCAAUCUCGCACAUCGCAUUUUAAUUUAUUUAUUUCUGUUUAAUCGCUGAAUUUAGUUAAUCUUUAAUUCCCUUUUGUCCGUCCCUGUGGAGACGAUACUCGUACUUUCAACCACUUUUC